UAUUGUCCCCCUCAUGUCUGUCACACUCAUUAUUGUCCCCCUUAUCUUCCCUCAUGUGUCACACUCCUUAUCUCCCCUCAUGUGUCGCACUCAUUAAUGUCCCCCUUAUCUCCCCUCAUGUGUCACACUCAUUAGCGUCCCUCUUAUCUCCCCUCAUGUGUCACACUCAUUAAUGUCCCCCUUAUCUCCCCUUAUGUGUCCCGAUCAGUAUUGUCGCACAGAAAUAAAUGUUCAAAGAGCCACCUCCAACCUUUAUUAUCAAGUCCUUAACUUUGCCAUGAUUGUGUCAUCUGCCCUCAUGAUAUGGAAAGGCCUGAUCGUGGUCACAGGGAGCGAGAGCCCCAUUGUUGUUGUUUUGAGCGGCAGCAUGGAGCCAGCGUUUCAUCGGGGGGACCUGCUGUUCCUCACUAACUUCCAGGAAGACCCCAUCAGGGCAGGAGAAAUUGUUGUUUUCAAAGUGGAAGGCAGAGAUAUCCCGAUAGUUCACAGAGUCAUCAAAGUUCAUGAAAAAGAGAAUGGAGAUAUCAAGUUUCUGACUAAGGGAGAUAACAAUGAAGUUGAUGACCGAGGCCUCUAUAAGGAAGGACAGAACUGGCUUGAAAAGAAGGACGUUGUGGGCCGAGCACGAGGGUUUUUACCGUAUGUUGGAAUGGUAACGAUUGUGAUGAACGAUUAUCCAAAGUUUAAGUACGCGGUUCUGGCCAUUAUGGGAGCUUUUGUACUUUUAAAACGAGAAUCUUAAGCUGAAGAGCAGACCAAGAAGGAGGAGGAAAAAAGAGCCAAUAAAUCUUAAUAUAUUUCCUGUUUUUAUUGUUUGUUCCACAGAGCAAAGCACACCCGCUAAGGCCAUGUUCACACAACAAAAUUUCCAAGCGGAAUCUGGUGGAAAUUCUGCUUGUUAAUUCCGUCGAAGCAAAGUCCCAUUCUUUUCAAAGUGAUUAUGCUGCACGGUGCACACCGGAAUUUCCACGGCAGAUGUUUUAGCCAUGGAAAUUCUGAUUCCGGUUCCUGCUGAUAGAAUGACUGUGUCAAUUCUUUAGGUGGAAUCAGCACUGAAAUGCAUUACUUUCUGUGGAGACAUCGCAUUUCCGAGCGCAUCUAGCGCCGGCAGAACCCAUUAUUUGCAGAAUUUCUGCCUGUUUUUUCCGGGUGGACAUUAUGAAAAUAUUCCGCUGUGUGAACAUAGCCUAAAAGUCAUUAACCGGUACAAAAUAAAUAUCUUCAGAGAAACCCAGCCAGUCCUGCUAUGUAUUUAUUUUAUUUUAUUUGUAGGGUUCAUUGAGCCAUAUGUCAGGUUUAAUGAUGUAUUGCUUAUUUUUUUUCUAAAAAUGUGACCCAAUAAAAUAAUAAUAA